UAUUUCAAAAAUAUUUUGUUCAUUUGACAUAUGUGUAUUCAUUAUACCAAUUUACCUUUGCUGUGUAGCACGACUCGGUUGCACAAUGGACGCGCAUUCCACAGCCGUCGCAGGCACAGAUAUGGAACUGGACUUCGGCAAGGACACGGAUGAGCACGAAGAAUUGGAGAAAGUGGGUCAGCCUGAGAAUUUGUUAGCGAUGGUGCGGCGCCUGCAGGCGAACCACAUGUGGAUCCGGGAGCAGAUGACUCACCUACAGCGCCGCCUGGUGACCCAUCGACUGGACAAGCAAAGAAGCCUCUACGAGGGAAAGGAGCGGUUGCAGCUACUCCUGCUGAGCCUGCAGGUGAAAUACGGACGCCAAUGGACACUGUAGGGGAAUCGAUGGACGAUGGAGCUUGGAAUUCGGGUGCCAACACUUCAGGAUGAUAAUUCGAUGAGCGUGGAAUAGUACAAGCGAACUGUCAUGAUGUAAUGAUGUUCUCAAAUUCGAUUGCGCUAACACAUCUUAAGUUGUGAUAAAUAAUUCACGGUUUAAUAUUUCUUUAAUAGUUGUUUUAGGAAGAUUAAUCAUAAAAGCCUCAACAAUAUUAAAUUUAUAACGAAAAUUACUAAGGAACCUUUUUUAUAAAGUUUGUAUA